CAUUGGUGACGCUCUGCCGCAUGCUUUCUAUCUCCCUCAUCUCUUUCAAAGAGCUGAACCAGCAGUUAAACAUCUUCUCUUCUUUUCUAUCGAAAGCUGGACUCUGGAUCUCUGCAGGAAUUUUUAUUCUUUAAAUCAAUCAGGACAGAAAAGAGACAGACUUGAUAUAAGGACCAUCUUCUUGCUCCUAUCUCAACUAUUUAGCAGGACUUGGUUUCAGUAUGGAACUUGAACUGAAGAAUGUGAACUUGAGACCUGGAGACAAGUUGAAAGUAAAAGGGGAAAUUUUGCAUGACGCUGAGAGGUUCCAGAUUGACCUUGGUUUGGACUCAGAGGACCUGGCGCUGCACUUUAACCCUCGUUUCCAUGAUGAUGCUGAUGGAGCCGUCUUAGUGUGCAACUCAAAGACAGCGGGUUGCUGGGGCGAUGAAAAGAGGGAAAUUCACAACCCUCUGCUGAGAGGCAGUGAAGUGAAGAUUGUGUUGAAACUCUCUGAAGAUGUGUUUGAGGUGGAGCUCCCUGAUGGACAAGAGAUGCAGUUUCCUAAUCGUGCAGACAUGGAUGUCAUCACCUACAUCCGAGUUGCAGGGGAUUUCAAACUCACAAGCUUUAAGAUCUGCUGAAGCUUGUAACAUAAAUGCAUGAAGAUCUAAAUACCAGAAUCAAAUAAACCAAUGCUGUUAGAUACACAC